AUGUCUCAAAUAUCGAAAAAAGAGGAUGCAGUUGCUUCUUCCAAGAUAAUAUUUCCUGUAGCUGAACUCCGAACGAAGUGGGAAAGACUGUGGCCGAAAGAUGAGAGAGGGGUUACUGUAACCAGUCAGGAAUCCAUAGUCCGAUCACGAGUUCAACGUUACAGUGUCCACGAUUCUCAACAGAUAUCAAAGCAGAUAGGAUAUGUUAACACUGUCAACACCGCUCGAGUUUACUCGGACGGAGACGUCACUUGGUGUUGGGUUGUUCACAACAAACUAACUCCUACCGUGAAAUCAACACCUUCUGGAAAGAUCUACACAUCGACGUGCUACAUCCAGCCAGCUGCCAAUCAAUAA